GGGAAGAAGGCGGGGAGGGAGGAACGGGGUCGCCCCGCCCCUGUGGCUGCGCGGGGGGCAGCGCGCAUGCGUGGCGCGGCAGGCGGAGGCGGGGACAAAAUGGCGGACGGCCGGGCGGAGGGCGACAAGGCGCGGCGGCCGCAGCAGCCCGCAGGAGGACCUGAAGAAGAGGCAGAAAAACCUGUGAAAACUAAGACUGUUUCUUCCAGUAAUGGAGGGGAAAGUUCGAGUCGCAGCGCAGAGAAACGGGCAGCUAAUGAAGAAGCUGAAGACUUCACCACAAAGCCUGCCCCUGCCAAAAUGUCCAAGUUUGGAUUUUCCAUAGGCAAUCAGACAGCAAAGAAGACAUCUGCAAUAUCCAUCAAACUAGCAGCAAAUAAGCCUAAAGAGCCCGUUCCAACCCUUGCUCCAAAAACGCUUUCUGUAGCAGCGGCUUUCAAUGAAGAUGAAGAUAGUGAACCAGAAGAAAUGCCUCCAGAAGCUAAGAUGCGCAUGAAGAAUAUUGGAAGGGAUACACCAACCUCAGCAGGACCAAAUUCCUUCAAUAAAGGAAAGCAUGGGUUUUCUGACAACCAGAAGCUAUGGGAACGAAAUAUAAAAUCUCAUCUUGGAAAUAUCCAUGACCAAGAAAAUAACUAAAUGAUGUGGAUUGAGGUUUGGGGGGAGGGGAGGGGAUAACAUUAAAGGAACAGUUUCCUUUUUUAAGAAUGGUAUAAGACUAUCUUUGGAGCCACUUUUUUAAGAUUUUGAGUGGUACACUAAUAACUGAGUUUGAAAUUAGAGGUAAUUUAUGUUUUGUAUACAGAUUUCAAGGCAUUUGCUAAUUUUGUAGUUUCAUGUGAUUAGUUUCAAAAGGUUACAGAUAAUAAAGAAAUUGGAGUGGUACCUUUUUAAGAUUUUUUUUUUUUUGUCAGCGAUUAAGGUGGAUGAAAAAGGUUACUGUCUCUUUAAUCAGGUUAACAUUGAAUGCUCUUGCAUUCUCACUUCUGGCUCCCUCUUCCUAACAGGAGAAACAGUUGGCUCCUGGGAAUACUGCAAAAGAGUGAGCAUUGUUUGUGCUAGAAGUGUUACUGGACUAUUAAUUUGAAUAUGAAUUUAAACAGGAAACAUUAAGAACCUAGACUUUUUUUUUCUCCCUACAGUUAACUUUUUGUUUAGUCUCUGCAAACUAGGAAUUACGUUGCUCUGAGUGGCUCUGGUAACUUAGCUCUAAUUUUGUUUAAAACUUCAUGUAGGAUGUGUUACAUUCUGUGGCUUGUUUCAUCCUAAGGAAAUGGGCCUUGUCUGUAUAUUAGAUACAGUCUGUAAAGAAUAUUCACUACAAAGAUAAAUCAGUAUUUUCAGUGUGCUCCUCUUAAAUCAUUAGCCUUGAGUAGUGCUUGUUAGCAUUUCCUUGUGAAUUAAAUAGAGACUAAUAUUAAAAGCAGUAAUAAGUGAUACACAAAAGCCACCACCAAAAAGACAAGAUAAUGUACAUUAAGUUUCCCAUUUGGUUGAAAUAUUUUUCUUUACUAUGCCUAGAAGGAAUAAAAGCCACACCAAAAAUCAGUAACUCACUGCUUAAGUAUGAAAAAUCUAAGAUGCACUUUCCCUGUCUUGCUAUUUAAAACAAAAUGCCUUGAUGCCUGUGACUUCAGACACUAUCAGGUUAAAAAAAAAAAAAGUUGUUUUUUCAGUCCUAAUGCUCCUAGGAAGUGUCAACUUCAGAAAUAACUUGCUCUCUUUCUGUCUGUCUGCCUUGUGCAGUAAUUCUGAACAACGAUACUGGCACGGUCAGUGUAAUUUCCUAGCUCAUGUACUUCAGAACAGUGCUGAAAGAUUUUAAAUCUGGUAAGGACCAUCUAAACUUUGGUCUGAUUUGGAUUUAAUAGUUUUAAAACAUCUUACUAGCAGAACUGUUUACUUAAAAAUAAUGAAAACUGACAGCAAUGACAACAGACACCUGCAGAAACUGAAGGUUCUUUCUAGACUCAAAUACCUGAUAGUGUCAACCACUCAAUUAAUUUCAGCCAGGAUCUGGUUGUAGAAUUCAAUAUGUUAAUUGCUUUCAUUCUGUCUCUAAAGCCUCUCUUCAUGCUAGAGUUAAAACUGCAAGAGCAGAAAGGAAAGUGCAUCUUCAAGUGUAUUUUUUUAUUUCAUUUUAGGAAAGCUCUGACCACUUGGACUUUUGAGUUUGUACGUUCUAAAAAAUAUUUUUUGUAUUUUUGUAUUGUAUGUGUAAUCUUUUUUCUUUUGAAGUCUGAUGCAGUUGAAUACCUGUAACUAUUUUCUUUAAAAGCCUUGUUAUAAACGUAACAUAAAAAUGUAUACAUUAUUUUUUUUCCAUAGCAGAAAUCUUUGGUUUAUUUAAAAAACAACAACAACAACAACAACAAAAAUACACUAAAACUGACCUGGGGAUUAUUGGAGCUAGGCAAGACGAAGUGUUUUGCUUUUUGACUUUUUAUUAUAUGUGGUUCUCCUUGUCCGAAGAAAUGCCCAUCAGGUAGUAGUAAGUCACUGUGAAUAGCUAGUUUAACUUGCUCCUUCUUAGCAGUUACUUGCUACCUUCUCAGUCACUUGUGUUGGGAGAAAGCAAAAGGGGGCUUGUGGUAAGAGGAUGACUGAGACCUAUUCAUUCUUAUUUAACUUACUGUCAACCGUGUCUUCCACAUCCUUGGCUGAAGUAGACGUUGAUUUCAAGUUUCGUAGUACUUCAGCUUAGAAUCCUUUAAGAGACUGCUAGGCAGAACAGCAGAUGUGCUAGGAUAUAGCUUUCACAUAAGUCACAUAGCAAAAGUUAUAUUUAUCUUAUUUACUUGCAUGGUCAAUUAACGUAAUCCUACCCCCUGUGAGAGACUGCAGCAACUUCUAGAUCUGAGCUGGAGGUAAGCAGAGAUCCUGUCUCACUCCAGGUAUGAGUUCUACUUCCUUCUCAGUGCUACGUGGAAGAAAAUCAAGUCAGGAUUGCCUAAAUUCACUCAGGAGAAUGCCUAACACAUUUGAUCUUGUAACGACAAAGGUGUCUGUUUAAUGUAGGGCCUGAUGCAGGAAAGAACUAAUCUCACAAGAAUUGUCAAGGAAAAUGUUAGCUAGAACUUUGCUUGAAGUUCUAUGCUUCUAUUAUGACAGUCGUAGUCUUUGAAUGAAUAUAGUAGUACUGGGGAAAUAUUUUCAGUUUUUUUUUUUUAAUUUAGGAAUUCAGGAAUUAUAAAACUCAUUGUAAGCUACCUGAUUUAGCUAUCUUAAGUGCUUCCAGGGCAUUUGCAGAGACAGCUGCCUGGUAUAGCGAGAUAUGUAUGCCUAUGAGUGGUUGAAACGUGUAUCCAUGCAACUUGUGCAGUUUUAACUCAGAAAGCUUUUGCUUGCUUAUCAGUAAAGCUUUACUUAGCACCUGAGCAGCUUGUAUCUUCAGCUAACAUCCUGAAUAUUUUGCAAGUAGUGCAAACUGCCAUGGCAACUGUCAUAGUGUAGAUUACCUAAUUAUUAUAUUCAGCCAAUUUUGACCAAAAAACUAUCGUGUCAUAGUGUGUCCACUGGGGCAUUAGCCACUGAUGCAUUCAGGCAUUCGGGUGUGCUGAAUUCCAUAUGCUGUGGGUAGUUUUAUCGAAGCUUUCCUUGGGAGGAGACUUUGAGAAAAGUCAGCGUUGGUGGAAAAUAGUUGCUUCUGCUUCCUGAAGAGGCAAACCGAGUUUUUAAGUUACUGGAAAUCACUGGGGUCACUAGAACUCUUUUUAGGCUGCUGCAAGAUAAGAACAUAAAUCUGUUUGGAGGAGCAACUGAAUUUCGGGAAAGCUUUGUGGCUGCAUAUUUAGUAGCUUUAAAAGGUGUUCUGCAAAUGUGUGUUCGUUUUCUCUUUUUUAAUUAUGUUUUUUAACACCCUAUGAACUGGGAAAUGCCAUGAAGGUCCUACAGAAGGGAAGGUUACAUUCCAAAAUCAGUGUGAUUUGUCUAGUUCCCAUGCCAUGAGAUGCUAGAAUAACAUAAAAAUUGGACAACUAGCAACUUGCUUUUUACUUGAUCCUAUUAAUACAGUCCUUAUUUUUUCUUUUUUAUUAAUAAAGGGAUCUUCUGCUGUUCUUUAACUGCUGCAUAUUCACGUCUUAAAAAUUACAGUGUUUACUUAGGGAAGGUGCUUGUUUAAUAACUUUGAGCUGUUGUCUCAGGGCAGAGGCAUAGGUAUCUGUAUAAUUAGAAGCAUAAACCUUGAGCUAUUACACUUUAACUGCAUAUAACCUUGUUAAGUUUCUGUUUAUGAAUUUCCAUUUAAAAGUUGGGCAUGAUAAGAGUCCAAGCAAGGGAUUUAGUUACCAAAGUCAACCUUUAAACUCUCCAGUGCAUGCUUUUUGCAGUAUAGGUCUGUAUAUGCAAGCUACCCUUUAGGGUAGGGUGACUAAGUAGGAGUGGUUGUCACAGCUAGCAAUUAAAAUAUGAACUUUCUGAUCCAGUUAUGUACAGUGAGAUUUUAAAAACCUUUGCUAAUCUGGUGACAGCGGUUUUGGUUGUUGUUUCUUUUUGGAUUUCCGAAUGAAACAGAUGCACAGAUGAAGUGCUUGUGUUUUUGUAGUGAGAGCUUUGCUGAAGCUUGAAGUCCUGAGCCUGUGUUAAUACUUUCCCUGAAGUAUGAACAUAAUAAUCUAAAGUAAUGCAAGUUAUAAUAAAGGCAUAACUAUCACUCCUCCUCUCCCCCAGCUUUCCGUAAUUUGUAGUCAUAGUCAUUAUGCGUAAGCGUUGGUUGAUUCCUAGUAGGAUGUUAUAAACUGCUAAUUCUGCCUUUGCUGUUGUGAAAGAAGUCUAACUGUAGUAGCCUUUCGUGUUCAUACAUACACCUUAGCAUUGCAAACAAAGAACAGUAAUCAGGAAGCUGGCAGAUAGCUUAGGAUAUUAACACUAACUUGCACUACUGCACAGAUAGAUAGUAACACUUAAUGCUGAUGCUUGUAUUUAUAAAGCAGAGCCCUUUUACUAAGAAUAUUACCCUUAAAUAAAACCUUUCAAAUGGGGGCAAGAUUGAACAUUACUGAUCUUGCUGAAGAGCCACGGUAGACUUAUAAAGGUAUUUGACAAUAACCUGAGAGUGAUGGUAGUGACUGAAGUCAUUCCAGGCCUUUGACCAUCUUAUAGUUUAAAAAAAAAAAACACAAAAACACCCAAA